ACUAACGAAUAUGAUAAAUGGGUAAUUAUUAGUAAAUCAGUACUUUUGAAAAUUGGGUAUUUUGCAAAUCACUAAAAAUAAUUAAAGCCAAAGCCCAGAUGAAUAGGGUGGAGUCGGUUUAAUCCACUCCCAUGCCCGACCCGAAUAAGUCCGACUCGGUCCCAAUAGGGUCGGAUUCGAAACCCGCCCGAGUUUCAGCAACGGAUAAGAAAAAUAGCAGCACAGUCUCUUCCUCAUCCCCAAUUUUCACCGAAAAUGGCGCAAGCGUUAGCUACACCAGUAGUGCCUUCUCUCUCUCUCAUCUCCAAUCCUAUCUCUAACUCCUCCAAACUCUCUCUCUCGUUUCCGCUAUCCACUGCUUUCCCCAAGGUCGGUGGAUUGAGCAUCAAAUGCGCUCGUGUUGGCGGAGUCGAGAUUCCGAACAACAAGAGAGUGGAGUACUCCUUGCAGUACAUUCAUGGAAUCGGGCGCACUAGCGCCAGGCAGAUUCUCAACGACCUCAAUUACGACAACAAAUUGACCAAGGAUUUCUCUGAAGAGGAGCUCACCACUCUGCGUGAGGAGGUCUCCAAGUAUAUGAUUGAAGGAGAUCUUAGGAGGUUCAAUGCACUUGCGAUUAGAAGGCUAAAGGAGAUACAAUGCUACCGCGGCGUGAGACACAUUCAGGGAUUGCCAUGUAGAGGGCAGAGGACUAAGAACAACUGCAGAACCUUGAAGGGCAAAAGGGUGGCCAUUCCUGGGAAAAAGAAGAAGUAAUCUCUCUAAUUUGUUGUGAUUUUGUAGAAUGUGAGACCUUCUCAAGGCUCAAUCCUGUUUUGUAGUCAAAGGUAACUACUUCAAACCUCCAAUUCAAUUCUAAUCAUUUUUCUCUGUUU